CCUUCAGUGCAGAUGCCCUCGGGGUGGAGCAUGGCCCCGAGCCUGGGAGGAGGCCAGAGACCUGUCACUCCCUGCUUCCUCAACGCUUUCCUCCCCAUCCCUCUUCCAUUUCAGGUCUCAGGUGUGAUGCAGGGAGAACUAGGCCAGUCCAGGCAGCUGGGGACCUAGGGUGCCCAUCUUGCACAUCUGUAAAUCCCAGGGAAGGAUUUCAACUUCUCAGACUUGUGUGUGGACCAAACAUCUGCUUCCAAACUCCCGUGUUCUUCUUUUGCUCGCAUCCCUCUUCCUGAAGUGGCAUUUUGAGCUCAGAGAUGACAUUCCCUUCGACUUCCAGAAGAUGGAGCAAAGAAAUGGACUCAGUGAUCAUUGAAGAUGUGGCCGUGCUUUUUAGCCAGGAAGAGUGGGCUUUGCUGGAUAUUGCUCAGAGGAAACUGUACAGAGAUGUUAUGAUGGAAACUUUCAGAAACCUUGCUUCAGUAGUGUCUCAAAACUUUAUUGAUGGAGAAAAGUUAUCCAGCGAACAUAUAAUGAUGCGACUCACGAAGGAUAAUACCUGGUCCUCCGUGUUAGGAAACAUCUUCAAAUCACAUGGCAGUAAAAAUGAGCCUAAAAUCCAGGGGAAACUUUUGAGAAGUGUUACAGUGGAGAACCUCUGUGAAAGUAAUGACGGUAAUCAGUAUCUGACGAGCUUCAGCCAGAUUCCAAAUCUUACUGGGCUAAAAAAAAAUCUUGCAGCAGUAAAUGCUUUUGAAUGCUGUGAGUGUGGAAAAACCUUCAUGGAUCUCUCGUCACAUAACCAUCAUACUGGAUCUCACACUGGAUGCAACACCUGUCAAUGUAAGGAAUGUGGAGAAGCCUGCAGUUGUCCCUCUCAGCUAACCACUCCUAUGAGAACUCUUAAUGGAAAGAAUCCCCAGAACUGUAAGGUAUGUGGAAAGGUCUUCAUUUGUAUUUCAAACCUUAAGAAUCCUGUGACGACACUCACAGGUGAGAAAUACUAUAAAUGUAACGAAUGUGGGAAAGAUUUCUUUAGUUUUUCGUCCUUUUGGACACAUGAGAGAGGUCAUAAAUGUGAAUGUAAAGAACGUUGUAAAACCGAUAGUCUUUCAUGCCUCAUUUUACAUAAAUUUCUUAACACAGAUAAGCCUUAUGUAUGCAAGGAAUGUGGGAAAGCUUUUAGGUGUUCCUCAAACCUCACUAAACAUACAGUAACUCACAGUGGAGAGAGGGCUUAUGAAUGCAAGGAAUGUGGAAAAGACUUUAGACAUGCUUCAUCCCUCACUACACAUAUACGAACUCACAGUGGAGAGAAGCCUUAUGUAUGUAGGGAAUGUGGAAAAGCCUUUAGUUGUUCCUCACAUCUCACUUCACACAUUAAAACUCACAGUGGAGAGAGACCGUAUGAAUGUAAGGAAUGUGGAAAAGCCUUUAGUCAGUCCUCAUCCCUCACCAAGCAUAUAAGAACUCACAGUGGAGAGAAACCUUAUGAAUGUAAGGAAUGUGGGAAAGCCUUCAGUUGUUCCUCAGUCCUCACUACACAUAAAAGAACUCACAGUGGAGAGAGACCCUAUGAAUGUAAGGAGUGUGGAAAAGCCUUUAGGUGUUCCUCAGACCUCACUACACAUAAAAGAACGCACAGUGGAGAGAGGCCUUAUGAAUGUAAGGAAUGUGGAAAAACCUUUAGUCAGUCAUCACACCUCACUACACAUAUUAAGACUCAUAAUGGUCAGAGGCCUUAUGAAUGUCAGGAAUGUGGGAAAGCCUUUAGUUGGCCCUCAGACCUCACUACACACGUAAGAACUCACAGUGGAGUGAGGCCUUAUGAAUGUAAGGAAUGUGGGAAGGCGUUUAGUCAGGCCUCAUCUCUCACUACACAUUUAAGAACUCACAGUGGAGUUAGGCCUUAUAACUGUAAGGAAUGUGGGAAAGCCUUUAGUCAGGCCUCAUCCCUCACUACACAUAUGAGGACUCACAGUGGAGUGAGGCCUUACAGUUGUAAGGAAUGUGGGAAAUCCUUUAGGUGUUCUUCACACCUCAGCAAUCAUACAAGAACUCACAGUGGAGAGAGGCCUUAUGAAUGUAAAGAAUGUGGGAAAGCUUUUAGUGAUUUCUCUGCCUUCACUAAACAUAUAAGAAUUCACAGUGGAGAGAAACCUUAUGAAUGUAAGGAAUGUGGGAAAACCUUUAGUCAAGCCUCCAACCUCACUUCACAUACAAGAACUCACAGUGGAGCAAGGCCUUAUAAAUGCAAGGAAUGUGGGAAAGCUUUUAGUGAUUCUUCAUCCCUCACUUCACAUAUGCGAACUCACAGUGGAGAGAGGCCUUAUGAAUGUAAGGAAUGCGGGAAAACCUUUAGUCGUUCCUCACACCUCAUUUCACAUAGAAGAAUUCACAGUGGAGAGAGGCCUUAUGAAUGCAAGCGAUGUGGGAAAGCUUUUAGUCAGGCCUCAGCCCUCACUACACAUAUAAGAACUCACAGUGGAGAGAGGCCUUAUGAAUGUAAGCAGUGUGGGAAAGCAUUUAGUCAGGCUUCAGCUCUCACUACACAUAAAAGAACUCACAGUGGAGAGACUACUCUGUAAAAAGUAAGAUGUUUUCAUGCUUAUGACAAAUUUCCAAAAGACUAGGAUUAAAGAACAUAGUUUCUCAGUGAGUAAAAAAGCAAUAGUGUCUCGAAUGUUUCAUUAGAGUUACUUUUUGCUUUUGGGAGAAAUGACAGUUUCAUUGUAAUGCAGGACUAUCCUCUUCAUUAUUGAUUUUCUCAGUUGAAGCUAAAUUUUAUGUUUCUGUAAAUCUUUGGCUAUUACAAAUAAGUUUGCAGGGACUAACCAGGAGAAAAUGUGAUUUUGCAUUUUUAAUGUUUUUAUUAAUGUUGUUUUGUAUGUAAUUAAAUACGCUCAUCUUAUAUUUGGUUUAUGAGUGUUUGUUUUCAUAUUUAAAUGUUUCCUUCCAUUCUUCCCUGUUGUUAAAGUUCUCUUUUACCCUUAAUAAUUAGUAAGUUUCUCUUAGGGCGAUACUUUGACACUGCAAAUAUUCUGUUUGCCAUUAUAUUUUGAAUGACUAAUCUUAGUAUCCGUGAUAAUUAUUACUUGUGAUUAUUAUUCCUGUGGUGUUCACCAAAUUUUAUUUUUUGUUCUAAUUAUUUCUUUCAUGUUAAUCUGAAUUUUGAAAGAAAUAGCUCUCCUUUUUCUCCCCUUUUCUUAUUUCAUUGUAACAGUAUAAGAGUCCUCAGAUUACGAAUAAGUUCCAUUCCUAAGUGUGUUUUUAAGUCAAAUUGUUAUGUAAGUUGGAACUGUUAGGUAUGGUUCAUAUGUAAUAUCAGCUACACGCUUAGUGUAUAGUAUAUGGUCUACUUUUCUAUGCAUAAAAAGCAUUAAAGAAACACUUCCAGAUGCACGAAAACAUCUAUAACAUAAUAAUAUAUUAAUAGUAACAUUUUGAUGCACUUCGCAAAGUAGCACCUGUUUGUUAUUAGGAGCUUUUGCCACUUCACUGGAUUCCUUCUUGAUACGCCCUGCUCACUCCCAAAUUAUGUAGGACAAUAGAGCGCCUGCGUUGGCAAUCUGCGUGUGAAACUCACCAUGGGUGAAGUGACUGGAAUGAGAGGGACACACGGAGCAUGGAUUCUUCCCCUGCAAGGCAUGCAUGAUGUCGUGAGAGGCACUGGUCUUUGCACAGCUCCAACGAGUGAGAGCGAGCUGAUACCAUGCUGCGAAAUAGGCAAGGGAUGCAGAGCUUGAGUUCCUGCCAGAAGUUUGUCCUAAUUUGUAAUAGGCUUUAUGGGAGUUGGUCCAUAACUACUGGUUGUGCAUAAGUCUGACAUUUGCAACCUGGGGACUGCCUGUGUAGGCUAAUUCAUAUUACUUUUUUUUCUUGCUCAAAUUACCCCAGAGUUGGUUAUUAGGAGCUCCCUUAGGAGGUUUGUGUAUUUAUUUGACAUGUACCUAUUGCUACUUGUACGUUACUUUCUGCUAGUGUUCAGAGCUCAUCUGUUCUUUUUCCUGCCUGUGUCCUGGAAUCAGACUUUUCUCCAAGAAACCCCAUUUCCUUUUAUUGGAGAAUGAUAUUUAGAAACAAAGAUCUGGCAUUAGGUAUUAGCUUAUUGUUACUGGGGUCUCAAAGUGGGAAGAGCAUGGAAAUAUUUGUGAGUAUACAAGUAUACAUCGCUUAACUAGUAUUUCAGAAAAAACAAAAUAACAAAUGCUGGGAAGGAUGUAGGGAGAUUGGAACUCUCAUACACUUCUGGUAGGAAUGUAAAA